UGCCUGAGAGGACACUCAGUUCAGAGGAAAAAGGACACGAGAGACUGGUGCCCUGUUGGAGGUGAAGCUGCUUUUCUCAGAGGCAAGACAGCACAGUGAGAAGAGAGAUGGAGGUGUUUGUUUUGCUUUUUUGCCAGGGGUUUGCCCCAUGGCAGGGGGUUCUGCUCACAGCCUCCCUUUUAACCUGCUGGCACCUGUCUACCACGUCUGAAGUCACCAUUGAAUUAGUGCCACCACAAGUGGUCAAAGGGGAAGAUGUUCUUUUCCUUGUCCAUAAUCUGCCAGAGAAUCUUACAGCCUUUGCUUGGUUUAAAGGCAGGACAAAUAUGAAACGAGGAAUUGCACUGUAUGCAUUGGCCUCUGACAUACAUAUACACAGUGAUAGAGAGACACUGUAUAGCAAUGGAUCCCUGAUAAUACACAAUGUCACCCGGAAGGACAGAGAUUAUUAUACUCUACGAACCUUCAAUAGACAUGCAAAAACUGUAUCAUCAACAACCACAUUUCUCCAUGUGAACCUCUUCCUUUGGAACUGUGGGCGCUUUGUUACCUCUGCCCAGCCCAGUAUUGAAUCACUGCCCUCCGUCAUUACUGAAGGGCAACAAGUUCUUCUACAUGUUCACAAUAUCCCAGAGAAUCUUCAAGGAUUUUUGUGGUUCAAGGGGAUGACUGUGUUCAGGCACCUUGAGAUUGGCCGAUACAUAAUAGGCAGGAAGUCAGCUGUGUUUGGUCCUGCACACAGUGGUAGAGAGAAAUUGUACAGUGAUGGAACACUGAUGAUUGAAAAUGUCACUCAGGAAGAUGCUGGAUUGUACACCCUACGAGUACUGGGUACAGAUAUGAAGAGUGAAGAAGCACAUGUAGAAAUCCAAGUUAACAACCCCCAUUUUCAGUGCUGUAACCCUGCCACCUCCUCCAAACUCAUGGUUGAAGCAGUGCCCCGAUAUGCAGCUGAAGGGAAAAGUGUUCUUCUCCUUGUUCGUAAUCUGCCAGAGGAGCUGAUAUCCUUUGCCUGGUACAACUCGAUGUACAGGGUCCCAGCCUUUAAAAUUGUAGACUACCAUGUAAUCUGGAAUAUCACCACCUGGGUGCAUGAAUAUGGAAGAAGAGGGAUGGUGUACGCUAAUGGAUCCCUGCUGCUCCAGAACGUUGUUGAAGAAGAUGCAAGAAUGUACACACUAGAAACUUUAAACGUAAACUACACAGUUGAAAGAGCACAUGUGCAGUUUUAUGUAAACAAGGCUGUGACACAACCCUUUGUGCAAAUCACUGACACCACAGUCAAUGCACACAGAUCUGUGACCUUCACCUGUGUUACACCUGACAUGGCAAUCUCUAUCCUUUGGUUCUUCAAUAGCCACACUCUGAAGCCUACAGAAAGGAUGACACUGUCCUCAACAAAGUGUGGACUCCGAAUUGAUGAUGUCAGAAGUGAAGAUGCUGGAGAGUACCAGUGUGUGGUCACUAACCGAGCCGGUGAUGCAAAGGCCAGUCACCCGGUCCGGUGGCCAUGAUGAAUGAGUGACCCCUCCUUCAUCCUACAUCCCAUUUCUUUAUUGAUGGGAUAAGACACGGAGCAAAGUUAUGUGGCAAAAAUGAUCAGUUACUACUCAAGUGUAGCCAGCAUGGUGAGACAUGCUUGUGAUCCUGGAAUACACAUGUGUAUAAGAAUGAGGUGGAUUUAAAGUGAGAGUGUCUCCAAAACAAAGCACAGAUAUCAAUACAACAAGCAGGAUCACAAAGGCAUUAGCAGCUUAGUUUGUGGAUCAAAUAUAUAACCAACUCUCAGAAUCCAUAAGACCCUAUUUCAGGAUCCCUCAAACCUUGGAUACUUUAAGUCUGCUCUGAUAAAUAUAUCCUUUAUAUGCUAAAAUACAUUCCAUGUUUAACUAAUUCAGUUUACAUUAAUGGUUCCUAGAGACCAGUCAUCCAUGUGAAGCAAUGGAGAAUGACAGAGGAAGGAAACACAGUGCCUAACUGUGCACAUAACUGGUUUCUAAAUAACUUUGAUCCUCAACUUGUUUGAUUCACAGAUAUAAAAUCCAUGGUGUAAAUCCUGAUUCUACGGUUUCUAGUCUGAGAGUUGUGUUCACAGUGGGACCUUAUGUGAUUCUUUUUCCUGUUAAUAUGUUUCUUUCUUUU